UGAAGUGUCUAUUCUAAUUUCCGAACACUCUACUCUACUCUAGUCAAUAAUUCCCAUUUCCUUCUCAAAGUGGUUAUCUUCUUUGCCCCCUUUCUACCUCAUCUGGGUUUGAGUGUACUUUAACCCCAAGUUAUUAGAUUCCUUCUUCAACCCUUCACUCAUUUCAUCUCUACUACCAUCAUUAACUCUUGCUUCCACCAAUCACAACUCAUCUCUUUCUAGCACACCUUUGAUCUCACACAUCCAUCUUUAAUGGUGUUUUUCAAGAUUGAAGAAAUUGGGAUCUGUGACGAAUUUGUGACGGAUUAGUAACGAGUUAGUGACGAAUUUGUGACGAAUUGUUCAAUGCAAGCAUCAGAGGACAAUAGAUCCGUGAUAUCUAACGCGUUUUACAGUCAAUCAUUGGUUGAAAUCGAUGAAUUUUGCAACCCCAAAUUUCAAUUUUUAGAUAAUUUCAGUUAUGGAACCAAAUCGGAACCCUACUGCACACUCGAAUCAUCUUCUGCAAACGGGAGUUGUACCACGAUGUACUACUCACCUUCCACUUUAUCUUCAUCACAUCAAGAAUGUUUAUCUAAUUCACCUGACGACAGUGAUUUCAGGAACAAAUUGAGGCAAUUAGAGACUGUGAUGCUCGGAGAUAAUUCCGAUUUCGAUGAGUCGGGUGUUAUCGAGUUACCGGAUAUCGAAUUCUGGCAAGAAAUGGUGUCUGGUUAUCCGAAACAGGACUUGAAGCAAGUCCUCAUUGGGUGUGCGAAAGCGGUGUCGAAUAACGACUUGUUGAACGCGCGGUUGCUGAUAUCGGAGCUCCGGCAAAUGGUGUCGGUUGCCGGAGAGCCGAUACAGCGGUUAGGGGCGUAUAUGUUGGAAGGACUUGUAGCUCGGCUAUCGGCUUCCGGUAGCACGAUCUACAAGUCCGAAUAUGCGUUGAACACGAACACGCAUCUUUUGUACGAGAUUUGCCCGUAUUUUAAGUUCGGGUACAUGUCAGCUAACGGGGCGAUAGCCGAAGCGAUGAAGUGUGAGAAACGGGUUCACAUUGUUGAUUUUCGUAUCGGACAUGGUAGUCAGUGGGUUCCGUUGAUCCAGGCGUUUGCGAAAAGGCCCGGUGGGCCCCCACAUAUCCGGAUAACGGGCCUCCACGACUCCCCUAAUGGGUUGAGUAAACAGGGUAAAAGGCUUUGUAAGGUCGCGAAAACUUACAAUGUUCCUUUUGAGUUUCACACAGAAGUCGGGCUUGAAAGUGUUCGAGCCCGACCUGGUGAACCUCUAGCGGUUAAUUUUGCGUUUGUGUUACACCGAAUGCCGGAUGAGAGUGUGAGCACUCGGAACCAUAGAGACCGAGUGUUGAGGCUAGUAAAGAGCAUGAGGCCCAAAAUUGUAACACUAGUUGAACAAGAAUCCAACACGAACACGGCCCCAUUUUACCCUCGGUUCCUCGAGGCACUCGAUUAUUACAAUGCGAUGUUCGAGUCGAUAGACAUUACACUUCCGCGUGACCACAAAGAAAGAAUAAACGUGGAGCAACAUUGUUUGGCCCGAGAAGUUGUAAACAUAAUAGCGUGUGAAGGGAACGAGCGGGUUGAGCGACAUGAGCUUUUGGGAAAGUGGAAGUUGCGGUUUAGUAUGGCGGGGUUUAGCCAGUGCGCGAUGAGCCCGUUGGUGAAUGGAACGAUAAAACGGCUACUAAAGAACUAUAGCGAGAGAUAUAGGCUUGAAGAAAGAGAUGGAGCUUUGUAUCUUGGGUGGAUGAAUAGAGAUUUAGUUGCUUCUUGUGCUUGGAAAUGAUCAAAUGUAUCAUGUUUUUUUGGUCCUAAAAUGUAACUUAAAAAAACAAGUUCUUAAUGAAUCGAUGAUUAUAUAUUGAUCUACG